AUGUCUAAAAAGUUAUCUCUUACUAGUAUUGAUAAAACGAAUAUUAUAUUAGAUAAAAAAUUAAAUAAUUUUGAAGGUUCAGAUAAAGAACAACAAAAAAAAAGGAAUGAAGAAUUUUUAAAUAUAGAAGUACAAAGAUUAUUUCCAGCAGUUCAACAUGAUGAUAAUAUACCAUUACAUUAUAUUAUUGAAGCAUUAAAUCUAAGGAAAGAAUAUAUGGCUAGAAUAGGAUGUACAUUUCCAAUAACAACAAAUAAUUUUUUAGAAAAUAAUCAUGAAGAAAAUUUAAAUAAUAGUGUAAAAAAGAUUUAUUUACCUGAUAAAACAUCUUUUCAUCCACCAGAACCAGAUCCUGAUCAUUGGGGAUUAAAAAAACCAUUACCUAAAUAUAAUGAAACUUUUACUUUUAAAAGAGAAUUUGGUAUUGUAAGAAUAUAUUAUAAAAAUAAUUAUGCAAAACAAUUUGAAAAAUCUUAUUUAUCAAAACAAAAAUUUUUAAAAGAUUAUGAUAGAUUACUUCAAAUUGUUGAAAAUGGACCUUUAAAAUCUUUUUGUUUUAGGCGUCUACUUUAUUUAAAAAAUAAAUUUCAAUUAUAUCAACUUCACAAUGAUCAAAUUGAAUUACAUGAACAAAAAUCAGCACCACAUCGUGAUUUUUAUAAUAUUAGAAAAGUAGAUACACAUAUACAUGCUACAAGUAGUAUGAAUCAAAAACAUUUACUUAGAUUUAUAAAGAAAAAAUUUAAAAAAGAUAGAGAUACAUAUGUACUAGAAAAAGAUGGUAAAAAAUUAACUAUGGGUGAUGUUUUUAAGAAUCUAGAUAUUGAACCAUAUGAUUUAAAUGUUGAUAUGUUAGAUUGCCAUGCAGAUAAACAUACUUUUCAUAGAUUUGAUAGUUUUAAUAAUAAAUAUAAUCCAAUUGGUGAAACAGUUUUAAGAAAUAUAUUUUUGAAGGCAAAUAAUUAUGUUGGGGGAAAAUAUUUUGCUGAAUUAUUAAAAGAGGUUUAUAAAGAUUUAGAAGAUUCAAAAUAUCAACAUGCAGAACCACGAAUAAGUAUUCAAGGUUGUAAGAAGGAUGAUUGGAGUAAUCUAGCAUCUUGGGCAAUUAAACAUGAUGUCUGGUCACCAAAUGCAAAAUUAUUAAUACAAAUACCACGAGUAUAUGAUGCAUUUAAGUCAUAUAAUAUGAUACAAAAUUUUGGUCAAUUAUUAGAUAAUAUAUUUACACCUUUAUUUGAAGUAACAAAUGAUCCCUCAAUUGAUCCAAUUUUAUUUAGAUUUCUUCUUCAAGUUACGGGUUUUGAUUGUGUUGAUGAUGAAAGUAAACAUGAAUAUAGUAAAUUUGAUAAAUUUAUUAAUGAACCUGAUGAAUAUACUGAUUCUGAGAAUCCUCCUUAUACUUUUUAUAUGUUUUACUUUUAUGCAAAUAUUUCAAUGUUAAAUAGUUUUAGAAGUUAUAGAGGCUUAAAUACAUUUUCAUUACGACCUCAUUGCGGUGAGGCAGGAGCUGUUAGUCAUCUUAUUUCUGGUUUUCUAACAUCUGAAUCGAUAUCUCAUGGUUUACUUCUUAGAAAAUCAACAGUAUUACAAUAUCUUUUUUAUUUAACACAAAUGGGAGUUGCCAUGUCUCCUUUAUCUAAUAAUCUUCUUUUUGUUCCAUAUAAUAGAAAUCCAUUUCCUGAAUUUUUUAUGCAAGGUUUAAAUGUUUCAUUAUCUACAGAUGAUCCAUUAAUGUUUCAUUUUACUAAAGAACCAUUAAUGGAAGAAUAUUCAAUAGCUGUUCAAGUUUGGAAACUUUCGUCAAUAGAUAUGUGUGAAUUAGCAAGAAAUAGUAUUUAUCAAAGUGGAUUUGAUGAAAAAGUAAAGAUACAUUGGUUAGGGGUAAACUACAAACGAGAAGGUGUUGCAGACAUGAAACUUUAG